UAUCAUCUUUCUCUAAAAGUCAUUCAGUCUCCAUUGCUACAGAGUACAGAGUGAAUCAUGGCAAACGCUCUCAUCUCCGGUGUUGUGAAUCAGCUGUUCAUCAUCAUCAAGGACCAAGCCCAGGAGCUAAGAGCAGUGUUGGGUGUGGAGAAGGAGAUAAAAAACCUCUCCUCAAAGCUCAACAAAAUCAGGGAGGUGUUGGAUGAUGCAGAGAGGAGAAGCUUCAGGGAAAAGGGCGUCAAGCUCUGGGUGGAAGAGAUCCAAGACUUCUGCUACGAUGUGGAAGAUGUUCUGGACGAGUGGAGCACCAGAAGUCGCAGACAACAGAUGGAGAGGUCGUCCCAGAUUGCAGCAGGAAGCUGUAGCUCUUUCCUGCCAGCAGCGUCUUCAUGUUUUCAUUUAAAAAGGGUUGUUAUGCAUCGAGACAUUGCCAAGAAAAUAAAGGAACUUGAUUCCAGACUUGAUCAGAUUAUGAAAGACAAAGAUGUGUACAAUUUUGUUGCUGUAACACACACACACAUUUCUGGUCAAGAAUCGAAGCGAGUGCCCACUACUUCGUUUGUGGAUGCAUCAGAGAUUCAAGGUCGGGAUAUUGAUGCCAGUGAUGUGAUAAGAGUGUUGGUGAAAGAUGACUAAGGAGAAGAAGCAACAAGAAAUGGUC